AUGGUUUCCGUCAUGCUGGACAACGCAAGUGCUGCAAAAAUUAAGACCAUUCCACUGUCCAAUGAUACGAUCGCAAGGCGCAUCGAUGACAUCGCAAACGAUCUCCAGGAACAGCUGGUGGAAGAACUCAAAGAUAAACGGUUUGCCUUACAAUUUGAUGAAGCAACUGACAGCAACAAAGACUGUUUAUUUCUUGCUUAUGUGCGUUUUGAAAUGACAAACUCCCUGUGUGAGGAUUUGCUUUUCUGCAAAUAUGUCAAAAACAGAGCCACAGCUGAGGAGCUGUUUAAAAUACUGGACUGCUUCCUAACUGAGAAUGGGCUGAAGUGGGAGAAGUGUAUUGGUGUUUGCAGUGAUGGUGCACAGACUAUGUCAGGGAUGAGAAAAGGGGUUCGAGCGCUCAUUAAGAAAGCUUCACCUAAUGCUCAAUGGACACACUGUGUUAUACACAGAGAAGCAUUGGCAUCGAGGCACCUUUCCUGUGAAUUAGGUGAGGUUAUGACUGACAUAAUAGGUGUAGUCAAUUUUAUAAAGACCAGACAACUGAAAUCCAGAAUCUUCUCUGCUAUCUGUGAGGAGAUGGGAGCUGAACACCAGGCCGUGCUCUUUCACAGUGAAGCAAGGUGGCUGUCACGAGGAAAGGUUUUGUCCCGUGUUUUUGAGCUCAAAGAGGAGAUAAGAGUGUUUUUGGAGCAGGAACAUAAGUAUGAAGAUGCAGCAAAAUUUAGCAAUGACAACUUCCUGGCAAAACUAGCCUACCUGACUGACAUUUUUGGAAAGCUAAAUGAACUAAAUUUACAGCUUCAAGGGAAAAAUAAACACCUUCCCCAAGUCACAGACAAGAUCAGCUCUUUCACUCGAAAGCUUGCUUUGUGGGGCAGGCAACUUGAUGAAGGAAGAAGUGAUGCAUUUGAGAAUCUGCAUGAAUUUGUUGACAUCACUGACUAUGAUGCCGCCUCAGUGAUUCCAGUCAUUAAGCAACAUAUUGCAUCUUUGAUGGGAUUCUUCAAAAAGUACUUUCCUGAAAACAGCUCCCAGUAUGACUGGGUGAGAGAUCCUUUCAAUGCACCAGCUCCUACUGGUUUCACAUCUGAAGAGGAGGAACAGUUCAUUGACGUGACAUCUGACUCCACUUUUAGACUGAGCUUCACAUCACAGACACUUAGUGAAUUCUGGCUGAGUGUAGACAGGCAGUAUCCACUCUUAGGACAAAAGGCUAUGAGUAUUCUUCUUCCUUUUGCAACUUCUUAUCUUUGUGAGAUUGGUUUCUCUGCUGUUGCUGCACUGAAGACCAAGCACAGGUCCCAGCUAAACAUUGAGCAGGAGUUGAGGGUUGCACUCUCAUGCUUCAAACCCCGCUUUGAAAAGCUGUGCUCCACAAAACGUGCACAUUGUAGUCAUUAA